AUGUUUAGACGCAGUCCAGCUGAAAUGAUGAGAGAUUUUGCAAGACAAAAUCUACAAUUGGACGCGUCCAGAAAUGAGGAUCCAAGAUCUCCUGAUCUAGCAACACGACAUGAAGAACAAGAAAGAAAAGGCUUUAGUGAUGGAAAAUCGUCUGUACUGACUAAUGGUUCAUUACGUCUACUGCAGUCUGCGAAAACGGAAACGUCUGAGAAUGUUCCAGUAGGAUGUGAUGACGAACUGGUGAGGAAAUUACGACAAAAGAAUCUCUAUUUAGAUUUAUCACAGUAUGUAAUACCACCAAAACUUGCUCUGGAUUUCUCCAUAUACGUCAUCAACAAACCUAAGGUUGAAGGCGAUUCCAUUGACAAUAAAAAUGAAUUCAAAGUUCUGGAUGUCCAUUCAAAUAUGGCAGAAGGGAAUGGAAGUAUAAAACAAAAGAAACCAUCAAGAUUAAGACGAAGUUUACAAGAUUUAAAGAAAAGAGUAGCUCGACCUUUUACGCUUUUAACAGACUGUUUCAACUCUAAUCAAUACACUAAAUAA